AUGCAGUCGUAUCAAGUCAAGUUUCAGUUGCAGGGAAAUGACGGUGGGGUCAUGUUCUGGAGUUGUAUAACAGCGGAGGGGCCUGGUUAUGGUACUACCACUAUUGAAGGCUCAGUAAACUCGGACUUGUAUGUCGAUAUUUUGAAGACAUCGUUGGUCGACACUCUUGAGCACUUUGGGAAGACACUAUCUGAUGUGCGAUUUCAACAAGACAGAGCAACACCGCAUACAUCGGGCAUUACUAAACAAUGGUUCACCGACAAUGGGUUUAACCUACUAGACGAAAUCAUGGAUUGGCCACCCCAAAGUCCCGAUCUUAAUCCCAUUGAACAUGUCUGGCAUCUCCUAAAGCUUCGUCUUAAUAAGUAUCCCACUAGGCCCUCUACAAAAGAAGAAUUAGAGCGGCGUAUUAACAUUCAGUGGUACAAAAUAACAGAAAAAGUGUGCCAGAAAUAUAUUGAUAGUAUGCCUGCCCGAAUCAAGGCUGUCAUCAAGAGCAAAGGUGGUUCAACUCACUAUUAA